UACUUUCGUUUUGUUUUGACGAGACGGUCAUGUCUGGAAGUGGAAAGACAGUCCCAGGGCCUCAGCCAUCAGGGACUAAACCUACUGUAUCAAAAAAGGAUUACAUCAAACUAGUUUUACUGGAGUAUGAGGAUGACACUAAUUACCCCGAAGCUGUAAAGGAACAUGAAGAACUGCUUUCUACCAAAGAUUAUGGAAUUUCAACACCUGGACCUGUGGUUCCUUUUAAAGAAGAAAAAGUUACAAAUGAACAGAAAGAGUAUAAACCAAAUCUAGCUGAAAUUUUGUUGAAAGCAUGUAAUGCUAGAGUGAAGAAUUACAGUUUAGCCUGGAGAGAAUACAUUGACCUGAUAGAGAAACACAAAGUAGCAGUCUGCCAGCAGGAAGCUCUGAAAGUUAGUCACCCCCCUCACAAUGAACCCAGUGAAGGACCAGGAGAAAAAGGCAAUGAGUCAAACCAAGAGACUAAGGGUUCAGAUAUUGUUGACAGUCCACAGACUCCUGACAAAAGUGCUCCACCAACUGGACAGGAACAGAAGCCUUUAGAGGUUGGAGUUCAGGAGCCAGUUAAAGCUGCCCCACCACAAGGAGGCACGGCUAAACAAGGACAGAACGAACAGGGGAAGACCUUGACCUUGUUUGAACUUUUGGAGAAAGAGAAGGACAAAGAAUCAGAGGAAUAUGAAGAAGCCUAUCAAGACCUGGUCCACAUGUUUACGUGUCAGGCCGUGCUUAGGAGUUCAUUUCCCCAGGCAAAUGUGUUACAACAAGUGACGGUCAAUAUGAGUAAACCAGAUGAGGUGCCGGACACCGUGAGAGAGAGGGCGCUGUACAGAUACCUGGUGAAAGUGAAGCCAGAGACGUAUGAUGGAAGCUACAAUGAUAUCUGGAGGGAGUAUGGAACUUUAUUGAUAGCUGAAAAUCUACUGGAUCUCGCCAGGAAAGCUAAUGGUCCAGACAGAAAUAUUUAUGUUAUAGUUGAGAAAAGACAGUUUUACACCAUGCAGACAGAACUUAAGAAGAAGACAGAGGAAGUUGAGGAGCUCUCUACAAGGUUGAGCAGAUUUGCCAGUCAACAGUUGACUGAGGGUAACCCUAACAUUGCAGACCUGAGUGACGUCCACCGCCCCACCAGGCUCGGGGAGAUGUACAGUCAACUGUUUGAUGAUGAGUGGUCUGAGGCAUUUGAGGCCUUAAAACCGACUACAAAGGAGGACGAGGAUGAAAUCUAUCCAAAUACACUGACACUGCUACAGAAGAUUGUAAAGGAAGUUUUUAGUUUUUGUAAAGAGAAAUCUCAGGAACAAUUACAAAGGCUGGAAAAUCAUAUGAUAGAUGCCCUCAAACAAGAUUCAGCACAGAAUCCAGAAACAAAAUUAGUUGAUGAGGAAGAAAAAAUGGAGGUGGAUCAAAAACCAGAUGAAGGUGGAGAAGGAAAAGUGGAGGGUGGAGAAUCCGGUGAGAAGUCCAAGUCUCCACUGCAUCAGGUGGUGGAGAGGCAUGCUAAGGAACUCAGAAAGGCAGCAUCCAGGGAGACAGCCAAACUACAGGCUCAGGUAUUUAUUCAACAAAAACUGUGUGAACUGUUACCGGAUGAGAAAGUCCGUCAGGAUGAGAGAGUAGUUACCUAUGUCAGUAAGUGUGUGGAGCUGUGCUGGUACAUGUGUAUGCAGGAUCCUCCAAUGGAGUUGGUGUUCCCACAGAAAGGAGAAACCAUGGACAAGAACUUGUUUUCUCACCACGGCAGGAAAGGGAAGGUGGUGGACAUCUGUGUCUGGGCUGCUUUACUCCUCCAUAAGGAGGGACCAGUGGUGUGUAAAGGAUAUAUCCUUCCAGAGGAAAAAAAAGUAAAGUGAUAGUAUUUAAGCAUCGCUAGCACAGAGGUUUCAGUCCAAUCCACUCCCAAUAAAUGGGAGAAGAGUGGACUGAAAACCCUCAGCUAGCAGAAAUGGUAUUCAAAUAGUAUUACGUAUACAUGUAGUUGCACAUAGAAGGACCAAACAUAGUUUCUGUGAAUUGCAGCUGAUAUACAUUUUCUAACAAUAUUCACACAUCUACAUGUAUGUUUCUGAGAGUUAUGUGUGUAAAUUUAUGCAUAGGUUAACCAGAAAAAUCACUCUAAUGAUUUUUUUUUCUUUUGCAAGGACCUUUAUAUAGUAUAUG